AAUCUGCUUCUAUGUAGGUUUGAAAAAGAUUUGUUGGACAGAGCGGAAGAGGCAGCGAGAUCGUCCAAGGAUGUUUUGGUCGGUGUCGCGCUUUCGCGGGAUAAUAAAAUCUCCAAGCGCACCAGCGACAGUCAGUCAGAUGAUGACGAGUGGCAAUCUGAUCAUGUAUUCGAUAGCAUUGCCAGCGAUUCUCCCAGAAGAGGCAUACGGCACUUUUCGGAAUCGGACGACAUUCCUUCGUCUCCGAUAAGUCCACUCGCACCGCCUCUUCCGGAAGGCGCGGUAGUUGCGUCUGAGAAACGCAUGGUGAUAGUCAGACCGCCGCUGCGAAGCAUAGACGGGUCUUAUUCCAGAUUGAACAACGUCGAGGUCGAAUCGGCGCCGCGGCAGAAGCUCUCAUCCGCGUCUUCAUCAACAUCGUCUUCCGACGAAAUCAGAGGUGAAUUAAAACUGGGAUUACUUUACGACGCUAACGCCGGGAUACUUACCGUGAGGCUUAUCGAGGCGCACGAUCUCCGUCCUCGGGAAUUGAGCGGAAUCGCGGAUCCUUACGCCAAGAUACGUUUGCUCCCUGAUCGGAACAACGUGUGGCAAACCACAAUACACAGGCGCACUCUGAAUCCCGUAUUCGACGAGGACUUCGUGUUUGAAGUAACGCCCGCGUCAUCGUUGCUCGGUAGAACGUUGGAAAUUCUGCUCUACGAUUUCGACGCGUUCACGAGACAUCGCGGUCUGGGAUACGUGCAGCUUCCUCUGUCUUCCAUGACGGAUCUCGGUGCGAAUAUGGUAACCGUUACGAAACCGGUCUUGCGAUACGGAGCGGAGGGCGGUUUCAAAGCACCACCUCUGGGAGAACUGAUGGUAUCCAUCUCGUAUCAGCUGUGCGCGGAGAAACUGACGGUCAUUGUCAUCAGAGCGAGAAAUUUACCUGUUAUCGACGACGUCGCGAACGCGAAUCCCUAUGUAAAGGUAUCGCUUAUACAGGACGGCAAGAGUUUGAAAAAGAAGAAGUCGGGCGUGCGGCACGAGGCCACCAGUCCCGUGUGGAACGACAUUCUUAGCUUCGACGUUAGUGGCGACGUAUUGUCCAAGUGUAUCUUGCAAUUCUCCGUGUUGCGCGCGAACGGCGAUCUCUUGGCAAGAUGUCAGGUGUCUGACUCCUGUCAGAGAGAAUUGUUUCAACGCGUAUUGUCCGGGAAAGGCGCUUCGGCUCAAUGGUUGCCACUGUCGGAACCCGACAACGGCGAGUCGAAAAAUUAAAAAAAAAAAAAAAAAAAAACCGCUUUGUUCAAGUAUUAAAAAAAAAAAAAAAACGUAAAUUAUAGCAAAUUAUUGAUAGUAUCGUUAUAUACGUUGUUCUGGAUAAACGAAAUCGCACACUUCAAUUGCACGAGAAAAAUUAUAACAUAAAAAGAGAAAAAAAAAAAAACAAAAACUUUCGAGAGCUCGAACUCUUCCGCUAUGUUUUCGCGAUAAAAAUUUAGACCUUCGUUUUGCGGAAAAUGUAGACGCGCUUCACCGAGAACAAAAUGUAUAGCGCUGCGAGACUAUAUAAAUUUUACUUUGCCAAGAUCAUAUACUCGUGAUUUGAAAAGCUAAAUUGAGAUACAUGUACGUACAAGUAACUUGAAGAGUUAGAUAGAUUAAAGGAACAGAGUGGUAGUUGCGAGCAAGAUCCUAAGACGUCCGUCACGUUGGUCGCGCUCGUGGUUUUUUUUUUUUUCUAAACUUUUCAACAUAAAAAAAGUGUUUAUUGGCACUGACGAACCAAAAGAAAGAGAUCGGUGGAUGGACGACUGUUCCGUCUCAGUGAUAAAAAA